AGUAAAUCAAUAGAAGAAUGAAAUUGAAAUCACUUGCUCCUCAAUUUCUUUGGUUGUAUAAAUAUCAAGAGAUGAAAAGCUAUUUCUGUAUCUUUUUAUGAUGUAUAUUCCCGACUGGACUCUGUUCAACACAUGUACUGCUCUAGCAAUCACUGUAGGCAGUGCUUUAUUGAUCGUCCGAGAACUCUUUCCAAACACUCGACUAAGAUACUCUAAAUUUUCGACUAAACUAUACAGAAAAGAGUCUACCAUUUCUUCCCAGUUUGGCAUGCUGUUGGCUUAUGUACCUUCUCUUAUGAUCACUGGCGUUUUUGUACUCGUCUCAUUCAAAACUGGUUCUAGACUAAAGUUGAUUUCAUGUCUAUCUUUUGUACAUUAUGCCAAAAGAGUCCUGGAGGUCUUGUUUGUACACCGUUAUUCAGGACAUGCAAAAUUGAUGGAUAAUUAUGUGAUUUCUAUAUCUUAUGCUUUGUUUGCUUGUUUUCUAUAUGUCUUUACCGCUCAGGUGCCCACUACCCAUCAGACUCUUUCAUGGCUUGGUAUCUUGUUGUUUAUAGUAGGAGAGAGUAUGAACCUGUACCAUCAUCUUAUUCUACGUCACCUUCGAAAACCUGGACAGAAAGACUAUAAAAUACCCAAUGGCGCUUUGUUUGAUUAUAUCUGGUGUCCGCAUUACACAUGUGAAAUUGUCUCAUUUAUUGGCUUGGUACUGGUAACGCAACAUGUCUUGAUCUUAUUAUUACAAAUCGGAUCUGCCGGAUAUUUAGUCGUAAGGGCCUAUAACACAAAGCAAUGGUAUCUUCAGAAAUUUGGUUCUGUUCCUCGCCGAGCAUGUCUUGUGCCCUGCGUGUUUUAAAUAAACGUAUGAUUCUACUGAACGAUCUCUUUUUCAA